GGCACACACGAAAACGAUGCUCAGUGAACAAAUUCUAAUUUAUUUAUUUAUAUUAAUACAAUUAAUUGUGGCACAAACCGAUACGGAAAGCGAUGCAUUUACUUUACUUUAUAAGAAAAAUCUGCAAGAUGUUAUAAAAAUUCGUAAUGUUUCUAUUGAACCGUGUGAUAAUUUUUAUAGACAUGCCUGUGGGAACUUUGAGACCAAAAUUGCCAAUAAUAAUAACAAUAAUAAUGACGAUGAUGAUGAAGAUGAUGGCGAUACUGUACCACCGUUUCUAUAUAAUAAACAAGAUAGGAUGGACUUCUUUCAAAGGCAAAGAAUAAACUUUCAAACACUUCCAGGGCAGAUGGUGUCCCAGUUGUACAAGGAAUGUAGCCAAACAGAAAAGGAUUACACGUUCAUAGAUCAAGUGCCAGGAUUAAGGGAGCAUAAGGAAGUUUUAGAGGCAUGGCCAUUUUUACGUCAUCAAUGGGAAAGAAGGCACUUAAAUGGCAAACUUAAUUGGAUAUCACUAUCAAGCCAAUUGGCAAGUCAGGGUCUGCCGACAUUAUUGAAUAUAUAUUUUGCUGAAAAAACUAUAUACAUAACACCAAUAGAUAAUAUACCCUGCCCCACAACACAAGAGUUUCAGUUGAGCUUAGUCGAGGAUUUGGAGAGUAGACAUCAUCAUGUGGGUCAGGUAAUAGGGAAUGAAAUGCGCAUUCUCUGCCGCGGCAUGAGGGGUGAAUUGCCAAUGAUAAGGAGUCAAUUGAGAACCUUUGAACAGAGUGACAAAGAUAACAAUGAUCUCCAUUUGGAUGACAAUAUGAUGGCAUAUUUUGAGAAUUUCUUUAGCCAUUUACGAUUUACCCCGAGGGAGUUGCAGAGGGCCAAAAAGUUGCCAUUGGAUGCGACAAAAAUCGCACAAGCCUGGCUGGUAUUAAAGCAAACAGAACCCAGAAUCGUCUUAAAUUAUAUAAUAUGGCAGGUUAAACAGAAAUUUAAAGAAAUUCAAGAAAAUUGCCAUGAUGUGACAACUGAAUUUGAGAGACUUCUCUUUACCGAAUACUGGCAAUGGCAUAUUUUUGAGCCCUACAUUAAGAGAGAUGUGGCCCUGGCCUCAUAUCAUUUGCAUACAACCAAAUUCUAUCAGAAACGUCGUUCUCAACUUUCACGGCGUGACUGGUUGGGUUAUCUCUGGCCAAAGUCAAUGGAAAAACAGGAAUUACAAGUGGCUAAAAUUCUGCAAACUUAUGCCCAAUCAUAUUUGAAUAUUAGCCAAAUCAAAAUUCACUUUCAAGAGGUUAAAUUUGUGGAGAACUCAUUUUUCUACAAUCUACUGCAACUUCGGCAGUCGAAACUACGAUUCAGUUUCUAUUCACCGUAUCUCGAUGAGGAGGAUCCUCAAAUGCCAGCCUAUUUUUUGCGACAUUUCAUGCAUUUCGUCAUAUUGUCCCUAUAUCGGCCUACAUAUCAUUACUAUGCCACACAAGGCUUGAGCUUGUGGCUACAAUCUCGUCUACUCGAGGAUACAGAUGGUUAUUAUUCGGCCCUGGAUUGUCUGGAGCAACAAUCUCAACAACAUUCAGAUGACUUGUAUCGUCAAUUAAGUCCCAAAGAAGUUCAGAAUAUCUUCAAUUUUUAUCGUGGUUUUGUAUACUCCCUGAGGGAUUAUCAAUUUUGGUUGCAGGGCGAACGUUUUGCCUUUGCCGAGAAUUUCAUUCUACAAUAUUUCAAUUUAAAUACGGAGAAAAUAAUGUUCUAUGCAGUGGUCCAACAAUUCUGUGGACGUCAAGAUGAUAGAUUUUCAACGCAAUUGAAUCGUGUUUAUAUGAAUAUACCAGAAUUUCAAUAUGCAUUCAAUUGUGAUUCAAAACAAACUAUGAGUCCCAGUACAAAAUGUAUGAUUAAUCAAUGUGAAAUAAAUGAAAUUAAAAAAAAAUGAUUAUACCAAAA